GUAUGUAAAAGAUUGUCGAACAUGAUGGGUGAAACUGAGUCUGAGAGUCCCUUGGGUGCACCAAGCAUGAGCCCUAUGAGAACAGGAAAACCAUGCAGCCCAUCAGAGCACAGCAUAAGUUUGAUGGUUAUUUUGGCAGCCAUAGUGUGUGCCUUGCUAUGUGCUCUUGGUCUGAACACAAUGUUGCAAUGUGUGUUCCAAUGUGCGAAUCGUGUUGUGACGGAACCCUUUCAAUGGAUUGCCUCAAGGAGACUGAAUUCAGGGCUGAAGAAGAGAGAAGUGGUGGCUCUGCCAACGUCGACCUACACUCAUUCUGGUGGCUCUCCGUGUAACUGUGCCAUUUGCUUAUCAGAGUUCUGUGAUGGGGACAGCAUAAGGUUCCUCCCAAACUGCAAUCACCGUUUUCAUGUUCACUGCAUUGAUAAGUGGCUCUUUUCUCACUCUUCUUGCCCUACUUGUAGGACCCUCCUCAAGUCUACUCAUUCACUACACUCCUUGCAUGUUAUAGUAUCAUAG